UGGAGACGGUCACGUGAUUGUAGCUCUAUUUCCUUCUUCCUGGUUUGUUCGCCUUCUUCUGACAUCAGCCGCUCGCCUCGAAGGAGAAAAUGUCCCAUCAAACUGGAAUUCAAGCUUCUGGGGAGGUGAAAGACAUAUUUGCCAAAGCCAGGAAUGGAGAUUAUAGACUUCUGAAGAUUGUGAUCCAAGAUGAGCAGCUAGCACUCGGUGACACCAAGCGAGCAUCUCAGAGUUGGGAGGAAGACUAUAAUUCCUUGGUUCUCCCGACUCUUGAGAAGGAUCUACCGUGUUAUGUUCUAUAUCGCCUGGACUCCACUAAUAGUCAAGGACACGAGUGGCUUUUCAUCGCCUGGUCGCCAGACCACUCUCCUGUGAGACAUAAAAUGCUUUACGCUGCUACCAGGGCUACAGUGAAGAAGGAGUUUGGGGGUGGCCAUAUUAAAGAUGAAAUAUUUGGCACUGUAAAGGAUGACAUUUCUCUGAGUGGUUACAAGAAGUACCUCACGUCCCAGGCUGCACCUCUUCCACUCACUGCUGCAGAAGAAGAACUGCGACAGAUUAAGCUCAGUGAGGUGCAGACUGACAUCAGUGUGGAUACCAAGCAGCAGACGCUGCAGGGCGUGGCUUUCCCUUUGCACGGGGAAGCCAUGCAGGCGUUGCAGAAGUUCAAGGACAAGAAGUUCAACUAUGUCCAGCUGGAAAUCGAUUUUGACAAGGAGCUCAUCAUGUUGUCGAACACUGAGCUGACAGAACUGAAAGAUUUACCCAAGAGGAUUCCGAAUGAUGCUGCACGCUACCACUUCUUCCUGUACAAGCACACACAUGAGGGAGACCACCUGGAGUCUAUAGUGUUUAUUUACUCGAUGCCUGGCUACAGCUGCAGUAUUAAAGAGAGGAUGCUUUACUCCAGCUGUAAGAAUCCGCUCAUAGACAUGGUCGAGAACAAACUGCAGAUGGAAGUAGAGAAAAAGAUGGAAAUUGAUAACGGCGAAGAGCUGACGGCUGACUUCUUGUAUGACGAGGUCCACCCUAAACAGCACGCACACAAACAGGCGUUCGCUAAACCCAGAGGUCCUGCAGGAAGGAGAGGCGAUCGCAGGAUCACUCGACAUCCUGGAGACGGCGAGGAGGCUGAUGAUUAAACGCACAUGUGACCACAUUCCCUCUUUUUUUUCCCUGUACUCCAGUGGAACAUUCCAAUCAACGGAGACCUGUUUUACACAAAGCUAUCUACCUUUAAAAACAAAAAGCAUAUGUAUAUUUUGUCCCCAAAUCAGCACACAGACAGCAGCCUCCUAAUGAACUAUGCACACGUUGGAACUUACUCAUGUUGUGGUUUGACUUCUGUAGCUAACUUAAUUUGGUUGAAAGCAAAUGAUGCGAAUAAUAAUUAAAAAAAAAAAAGUGCUUGUUAAGACCAGGAUCGCACAAUUUAGACCUUAUUCGAAGUGCAGUACUAUAAAACAUACUUCUGACACUGGCAUGAUUGUAGUAAAUACCACACAUGUACAUGUUUAGAAACACCAGCAUGAAUGUUGGUAUAACAAUCCCUUAGAGGAAGGUGAUAUUUGUCAGUAGAAUGGACCGUUUUAUCAUUUGGAAAAGCUCGUGUGUUUUGCGUUUAUGCAAGUUUCAGCGACUGCAGUAAGAAGUUAUAUUAUUGGAUUGUUACUACUUUAGGAUGAUCAUGUAAGCUCUGAAAUGUGAACAAGAACAAAAAGACCUCCACAAAACCUUUUUUUUUUUUUCCUCUUUAAAUUCCAAUUUUGUCUGUAAAAAGUUUUGUAUUUUUACAUGACACUUAAGUUAUAGAUGUAUUCAACACAAACACCAAACACUGUAUGCUCACAUUUACAAACUCUGGUCACAGAUAUUUGAACGUUAGACAUUGCUUUUUAUAUCACAAUAAUAAAAAAAGUUUCAUUUUUGAUAUGACUGACUGACUGUCACGUGCUCAUGUUCCUGUUUUUGCCAAGAAUGGUAUUUUUCCUAUGCAAGUGAUGUAGAUUUUAAUGCGGUUGUAUAGAGUUCAGACGUGUUUCGAUGGCUGUGGCGUGGCUUAGAUUGUCUAAUUUCGCUAUCGAUAAUGAAAAACAAAAAGCAGUUGUAUAAACAGCUUAACCCACUGGGUGUAGAAAGUAAAAUGGCAAGUAAGCGUCAUGUAAAACUUUACACUGUAUACUGAUGGGGGGAGUUGAGAUGAAUUGGCUUCAGAAUUUGUAUUCAGUGAAUUACUUGAAUAUUUACACUAAUGAUUUGUUUAACUCGAUUGCUACUAUUGCUUUUUCUAAGGCACUGGUGUGCACUUUCUACAAUGUAGCACAAGGUGUCAGGAAAACUACUCGCAUGACAAUAUACAUAAGUAAAAAAUGUGCGAUAAACCACUGGUGAACAUCUGCACGAGCCAACAAUCAUGUAAAUGAAAUUAUAUAGUGAAUUAUGUCUCAUGUUCGGUGGUCAAGAGUGCUUUCUCUGUAAUGUUAUUUUUAAAGAAUAAAAAUAUUUUAAAAAUCA